CCCCCCCACAGGCGGCUUCACGCUGCCCGAAGGCCGGGGGCGCGCGUGACUCUCGUCCGCAGUGCGAGGGGCGUGCCUCCCGCAGCCCAGGGCGCGGAAGCGGGAGGACGCCCGGGGCUGGGAGCCGCUGCUCUCGCUUUCUGGUCGUCGCGCACGUCCUCCCGGGAGGCGUCCCGUGACCGGCGCGAUGAGCGCCAACGAGGACCAGGAGAUGGAACUGGAAGCAUUACGUUCUAUUUAUGAAGGAGACGAAAGCUUCCGGGAAUUGAGUCCAGUUUCAUUCCAGUACAGGAUAGGUGAAAAUGGCGAUCCCAAAGCCUUCUUAAUAGAGAUUUCCUGGACAGAAACAUAUCCCCAAACACCUCCAAUUAUAUCUAUGAACGCUUUUUUUAACAACACCAUAUCAUCAGCUGUAAAGCAGAGCAUAUUAGCCAAGUUACAGGAAGCAGUGGAAAUUCAUCUCGGGACCGCCAUGACCUACACAUUGUUUGAAUAUGCCAAGGACAAUAAAGAGCAGUUCAUGGAGAAUCACCACCCCAUUAAUUCUACGAUACCCAUAAGCAGUAUCAUCUCCGUUGAAACUCCUAAUACAGCCCCAUCAAGUAAGAAAAAAGACAAAAAAGAACAACUUUCAAAAGCUCAGAAACGUAAGCUGGCAGAUAAAACAGAUCACAAAGGACAGCUUCCCCGAGGAUGGAACUGGGUUGACGUGGUGAAGGUACAUAACGCAUAUAAUCUAAGCUUCAGACAGUUGUUACGAUUAUGCCGUCAAAUAAUGAAACUCAUAUCUUCCAUUCUUUCCCCCCUCCACCUUUGAAUUUUACUGGGAUGGCUGUUUCCUUUUUUACUUCAGCAUUUAAGCAAAACUGGCUCUAAAGAUGAUGAAUAGUGCUUGGAAUUGGAGACAAAGAAAGCGCGUCCUUUAAAAAGUAAACCGGGUUCGGGUUCAAAAUCCUUCGUUACUCUUUUCUGGUAUUGAAGUGGCUUUUUAUAAAAACAGAAUUUUUUUUUUUUUUGUAUGUUUCUUACGUGAAGAAAUGUUUUAACCUGAAAGUUCGUGAAGAGAUCUGGUUGUAUGAAAUUAUUUUCACAAACUUGCCUUAAUAAAAGGUGAAAUGUUACCGUUUCGUAUACCUUAUAAAGAUGGUUGAGCUUCGCAAAUGGACAAAAUGGGAAAUAAGUAAUCAAGGUGAAUUUAUAUGAUCUUAUUCUAGUGGCUAUGAUGUUUUUUAGAGGAGGCGGCAGCCCCUUGGAAACUCUCAGCCCAGUGGGGCAGAAUGCCGAGUCCACGGUGUUUCUGCAGCAUAUGGUCCUUACCAGUAGACUUCUCGUCUUACCGGUGUCUUUAUCUCUUCUUUCUCUUAGUUACUGAAGCACAAAUGGCUUCAGGGAAAUCGAAAUACUAGCAUUUGAACGUUACACAUAAUAUUCUUGGUAGUUUCUUCUUAUUUCUCAAGGGUGCACUGCUUCCUUUUAGUAAAUGAGCAUCUGUUUUACGCUUUUCUCUCGGUUUGGGUCCUGAUGUUUGACCGUGAGAGUUCUCAGUGGUGUGUGGAAUAGGAGAAUAUAAAAAUAAAUCUGCCAAAUACACUCGAAAGCAUUUGACUAGAAGUGCUGGUUCCCAUUUGAAACGUCUCUCUUUGCUGCAUAUGCCAGGACGGAAGUAAAAAUGCCUUACUAGUUAAUUUUUGUAUUGUCGGAGACCAUGGUUUUAAUAAAUUCCUAUUUAUCUGCGACUGUGUGUUUCUAGUUGUCUGGUAACUGAGGUCUUCGAAGUGGUCUUAAAACCACAUUUCAAGUCUUGUUUCCCUUCAAGUAUCUACAUGGAAUUCUCGGCCUGAGCAUCUUUAUCAUAAGAGACAUAGAAGUCUUUCAAAUGCUGUAUCAUAGUUCAUGCUUGAUUGUUUUCAAAACCCCGAAUAGGGAAACUAUUAGUAUAGCGUAAGCAGGAAGUUACUGAUGUGUAUGUGUGUGUGCGUGUGUGCGUGUGUGCGUGCGUGUGUGUGCGCGUGUGUGUGAUUUCCAGUGACUGCAUUUGCUCCCCGGCUUUAAAACCCUAAGAACUGCUGCUGUAUUGUCUGGAACGGUAGACUGUCGGUUCCUCAAGUUAUACCCGUGCAGCUUGGGUCUGAGUUUUUAACGAAUAAUUAACUUUUAAAGAUGUGUCUUCAGCAUAAGAGCAGUUUGAGUUGUAUCCCCGGCUUUCCCCGGGUUAAUAUUAGGCUCUGUUCAAUCGUUUGAAUUACAAAGUAAAUACUGUGCAAUCAUGGUGAAGGAGUGUAAUCUGAUUUUCAAAAGCUGAAUCACAUUUCAUAUCUUGAAGUUAUGUAAUGGAAACAGUAAAAUUCGAGACCACUGGCAAGACCACUGGAACAUGCCAUCUUUUGGGGGGGCUUGCGUGCGUGGUUUUGGUUGUGUUGAUUUGUUGGCUUCUUUUUAAAGAAAACUGAAACAGCUAUAUCCGCCAGUGGGACGAACUGUGUUUUGCUCUGAAGACCGUGACAUCGUUCAGGCUCACAUUGUGGCUCCUAGAUGACAAAGAAUAAUGCUAGUUAAAUGCCAAUGAACUAUUUUUACUCUUUUUAUAUGAACUGUACAAAUUUGGGGGGUGAUGGUGGCAGUGGUGCCUCUAACUACCUUCUGUGAAACACUUGAACUUUCUCAUCUGUAUUGCCAUCAUCUGUUUGACACCCCAGUAUAUUUUCUCAAAGUCUGUUCACCUGAAACUGUAUGGAAUGACAUAAUUGAUAAGCAAUAAAACCUGAACUACACGCUCA